AUGAAUAUAGCCAUUAAACUGCCCGUCGGAUGGAAAAUGUGUUAUAAAUCCUGUGACCAGAAGAAUGUGCCAGAAGAGUUUAUAAGAGAUCCCGAGCAAAAUGAAAACCGCAAAAAACUGAUCAAGCUCAAUAAAUUAAAGCGCGAACAAUGCGAUGAAAGUAUCAUAUCCUCGACAAGUGAUUCAUCGGAAGACUUACUAAUCUUUGACGAAAAGACCGAAAAACAUAUUUUCAAUUCACUUAUUGAAGAUUCACUCGAUAUUAGUGAUGAGGAUUAUGAGGGUUUAAAUCAGUUAGAGGGCAGUCGUAUAUCAGAGUUAGUGAGCGCUACGGCUAGGUUUAACUAUCCGAUGGGUAUUAACCGCGAUCACACUAUUCAAUCCAAAUCGACCUAA